AGGACAUGUGGCAGACAUCAAGAUGAUGGCCUUAUCCUCUUCACGGGGUGAUAACCUAAAUUAUACUCAGAACAACUGACUUAAAAUAUAUAUUAUUCAAUCCUGUCCAAAAUAAUAGUAUAAAUGUCGGGUUAAAAUUAAGGUAAGAUGAAAUCUGAUAACGUGACCGGCGGGUUAAAGUUGAUACUUUUAUCAAGACGACAUAAGCUUGUUAAUCGAGAUUUGGUAUCUACGUGACACAUCAACGAACACUCGUCAAUUACCCAAUAAUUCAAUUGAAUAGAAUGAAUUAUUAAGUAGGUUUUAGUUAGUUUAAUAAUAAGUUUCUUCGAUCAGUGAAGAAACCGCCUUACAUCUUCCAAACCCCAACCCAUACCGAUCUAUCUAGACCCUUCUUAGUUCGAAGAUAUUUAAAAGGGGGGCAAAAGCAAAAUCAUAUUCAACUCUGGAAAAGAUACCACCAUGUCGAGCAAUGAAGACACGGAAGAUUAUCAAUCUAAUGGCCAUGGCUUUCAAACCGUCAAGGACAGGUUAAAAGAUCGAUCCAGGAGAGUUGCAGAGACGAAAGAAAAAACCAAGGAAAUCUUGUCCAAACAAGCUGUUAAAAUCGCCAAACAGGCUGAAGAACAUGAAAGUUUUAUCACUAAGGUUACUCAUUUUAUGGGUGUCUUUGCAUUUGGGGGUUUUUGCUUUAUUUUGGGUGCAAGGCCACAAGAUAUCCGAUAUGUGUACUGUUUAUUCUAUAUCACGUUCGUUCCACUUAGGUGGAUUUAUUAUCGGUACAAGAAAUGGCAUUACUAUCUGCUGGAUUUUUGCUAUUAUGCCAACACCAUCUUCUUGAUCAUGCUUUUGUUUUAUCCUAAAAACGAAAAGCUUUUCAUGGUUUGCUUCUCAUUUGCAGAGGGUCCACUAGCAUGGGCAUUGAUUGUUUGGCGUUGUAGUUUAGUCUUUAGUUCCGUGGACAAACUUGUAAGCGUCCUUAUACAUCUUUUACCAGGGGUAGUGUUCUUUACAAUAAGAUGGUGGGACCCAGCCUUCUUUGAAGCAAUGCACCCGGAAGGAACUGCACGUAGGGCCUCAUGGCCUUAUGUUGGAGACAGAUCAUUUUUGUGGCAAUGGUUAUUUAUGGUCCCGUUAAUUGCUUAUAGCCUUUGGCAAGCUCUUUAUUUUCUCAUCGUCAAUGUUCUUCGAAGACAGAGGUUAUUAAGGGAUCCUGAAGUCAUGACUUCUUACAGGGAACUCUCUAAAAAGGCACAAAAGGCGAACAACUUGUGGUGGCGAUUAAGCGGUUUGCUUGGAGAUCAAAACCGUCCUUUUAUGUAUAUCCUUCUGCAAGGACUUUUCACUGUAGCAACAACCGCACUGACGGUCCCUAUAUUUCUGUCAUACGAAUUGCACCUUGCUUUCCAAAUUCUCAAGGUUUCAGCAACUGUAUGGAAUGGCGGUUCGUUCUUACUCGAAGUCAUGCCAAGACAAGUUGUUCUCAAGGAGAAGAAAAAACAAAAGGUGGUGCAGCCGCCUCUACAAGAACAAGACCCGACACCAGCCCAGGUUUCCGAACAUGAAAGUUGAACUUACAUUUUGUAUUUUAUUUGUUGGUUUAUUAUGUUAUGUUGGUUUGGUGUAUAUUGUUAUAGUUGUAGAAUCAGCUGAAAGGAAAAUGUGUGUUCUGUACUAUUUCAAAUCCAGGUAUGCUGUUGAAACUUGAAUGUGUGCUUCAUGCUUGGGCAUACAAGCAGUAGGAUCCGCUUUACAUA